AUGCAGACCGUAAAGUGGCUUGCUCUGUUUUCCACCCCCAGACCAAAAACAUAAGUGAUUUGGUUGAUAGGCAUCUCUAAAUUGUGCUUAGUGUGUGAAUGCAAUUGAAGCCCAGUCCAUGGUUUCCCCUGGGAUAGGCUAUGGGGUUUCUGUGUGUGAAAAGCACUACAGAAAAUGAUGAUGCUGUGGAUGCACAGCAUACACUCAGCCUCACAGAUAACAUUCUGCUCAGAAAACUAGGCCUUAACACAAAAGUACAGUAUCCCCUUUAAACUUGCAAUGUAUUUUACAACAUGAAAAUGAUUUUCUUUGCUUGCCUAGAGUUAUGUAACUCAGUCUCCUCCUGGUGUCAUGAUUUGCUCUGCUCAUUUGUGGCAAUUCAGUGACAUACAAAAACACACAUAUGGCAUAGGGUUACAUUUUGUGAGCGAGGGGCCAACAAGCUACAUUCAAGCCCGCCUUGCCUUUUUAAAGCAAUCGUUUGCGCCCUUUUCGAGAAAUGACAUUAAAGUCAACUGCCUUGUUUCCAUCAUAUACAUGAUGGAGCAUAUGCAUGACUGAUAAGGUGUGUACCUCAAAUGGUCGUUAUAGACACAAGUUUUUUUUUUUUUUUUUAUAUUGAAUAUUCUUUUUGUAACCUCAAUAGCAAAAACAUAAUGAUAUCGUUUCCAUGAAUACCAAUUAGGGCACACAACUAAUAAGUCAUGGACAAUUAGUUUAUAUAAAUGUACCUCAUGUACCUCAUGAACUUAAAUAAAUUCAUAAAUAAAAUCUAAAUCUUUUACAUUUAUCUGCUUUGAGGGCUUUGUCUUUGUAGCUUUUACAGGGUUAGUAUUUCCCCCCUGCACUAUCGCCAUCUAGUGGACAUUAUGGUAAACAACACACGCUUUUCAUUCGGAAAUGCACAGUGGGCGGAGUCACCGAGCAGCGGCUCUUUCUGAUUGGCUGACUCUCAGCAACAGCUGGCAACGCGCACAUCCUCAGAUACAGGGGUGCUGAGGUUCUUUGAAGCACAGAGCCAGACUACAGACUUUGGAUAGUAGUUCUGUGGAAGUGGGUGCACCUAUGAAGAAAAUGAUAUUUAGGCCACAUGGGAUCAGAAGGGAAGGAACAAUGAAAAUUUAAGAGGGAAGAAGAUACUCAAGUUAACACCGUUUGAAAAAAUGAAGAAAAAGGGAAAUAUAGGUGUGAUGAAGCAGAGUAAAUCAGCUAGUGACAUUACACAAGGAACUCUGGACCGAAAAGAUGACUUUCGCUGUUUCCAGAGCAGGCUGGGAAGCAGGUCAUCGUCACAUGACAGUAUCUUUCUGUCAAAACUGCGUCAAUCAGACCCUGAGCCACCAUGGGUUCUUUCCCAGGAGAAUGUCCAUGGAAAAAUCCAAGCACUGCAAAUGAAGCUACAGAUGCAAAAGUUGCAUCUUGGCCCACCACCUCGGGUGUUGCCUGUUAAACAAUCUGAAGACCAUCAACACCCCACUGAAGUCCUGGCCUUAUCCAAAAACCUGCCACACGAGUCCCAGCUGAAGUCUUCAUCACAAGGAGUUUUUCCCCAUCCAGUCAGUCCCCCACAGCCACCAUUUUAUUCCUCUGCACCUUCACCUGGGAUAGAUUUCAGCACCCUUCCCCAGUUUAUCCCCUGCUUGGAUAACUCUGCUGCUCGUCAUCGCAUGUCUGUUAAGCCUCGGAAUCAGAGAGCCAGCACUAAGAGCAGAAGAAUGUCUACCUCAGAUAGAAGCAGACCUCGCUCAGAGAGUAUGAUCAUCCUGGAACGGCCUCUUAUUGAGCAUAAGGAAGAGGACGGGAUAGAUGUCACCAAGGAAAUGACCCGUGUUCGCUCCUACUCCUCGCAGAUCAUUAGGCCAGGGAAAGGUCUUAUCACACCUCCAACCAAAAGCCCAUGUCCUGCUUCACCACUAAAAUUACUGGUGGGAAGUGAUGUUGAUUCUCACCCAUGUUCUAUGAGUCAAUGUAAAGGAAAUUAUGAGCCUGCUGAGAGCAAAACAGCAGAUGUAGGCACUAAGCAGAUACUGAAAUCAGCAGAAGAAAUGGUUGUUAAAUGUCCUAGCUCAGCUGGGCCCACCGGUCAUAAAGGAAGUGAAGACCAUAAAGAGACUCUGUAUAGCUCCAAACUUAAGGGUGUUGAAGGCAGUGUGAUGUCCACUGUAAGCUCUGCAUAUAGUCUGUGUCUCAUUUCAUUAGGUACUGAGCAGUCUCAGCCUGAAACUGACAAGGAAUUGAAUACAGUGACGACUCAUGUUAAGGGAAAUGCAUUGAACAGGAAUAAAGUCCAAGAUACAUUGCAGGAAAGUUAUUUUAAAGGCCAGCCACUGAAACCCCUUUCACUGCACAGAAAUACAUCACCUUUAGACAGCAAAUCUGUGGGCAAAAAUGCACACCAAAUCUCCGUAAUGCCACUUUCCAGUGAGAAGGGCUGCCUACAGGAGUCCACAACCCAACAACGGUCUCUAAGUUUUUCUGUGUCCUCAGAUAAAAGUCACGAGAGGCAGAGAACUGCAAGCUUUACUGGACAGAUGGAGCAAACAGGUGGAAAUCAAGAGCUUGUCUUCCCAUUCAUAAAACCUUCAUCAAACCUCAAAAUGCAGGAUCCAGACAAGAAUGCACAAGUAAAGCCAACAGGAAAGGAUUCAUCACAGACAAGAGCUAUCAGCACUCCAGCAGAUUCAACACAACCUAGAGAUCUCACAAUAACAGUGUCUGUUGGUCAAGAAAGAAGGGACAGUCCAUCAAAUAAAACCCGAGACAUGGCAAUAGAGGACAGAGUUGAAGAUGUACACAGAAAUAUAGGACUGAAACUGAACAAGGACAGUAAGGAGCAGAAAGAGGAGAGCAGUGCUUCUGAAGUGAAGCUGCACACCACAUAUCUAUCAGAGUUCACUGACAAACAGCACAUCACUGAAGUCGGGAGUGCACCUCGGUUGCCAAAAUCUACUACUUCUAAAGCUGUAGACCAGAAUGAUAGCAAGGUGGGGCCUGUAAGAGAAACAGUUCUCAGAAGUCCUCAACUCUAUAACACUAAGCUCUUUAUCACUGCUGAGUCUCCUGAAUUCUCCAGUAAAAGGCCUCAGAGUGCCAGAAGGGACCAAGAGAGACCUGGACUUAAUAGAUUUGCUGAUCUGCCAGCUUCAGCUCAUUUGCCAGGUUCAACUAUUGACAUCACUAUGAGUACACCAGCGACUUUUAUGGAGAAAAGCCCUCUACAGACAAGUGCAAAAGAGUCAAAAGAGGCUUUCACUGAGCUAUCCUGGAUGACUAUGGCCCGAGAAAAGACCAGAAGCCUCCAGCAACUAUUUACAAGCACACUGAAUGACCUUGCUGGCCUGCAGACAGCCACACGACCAGCUGCAUCUCCACUUACCCAGAUAUCUUCACAGCCUAGUACAGGACCUAUAAAGCCCAAACAUCAAGUGCCAUCUGCACAGCCCACUGUCAGUCCACCAGAGAGUCACCUACCCCCUGUGCAUGCUUUUGGAAGAGCAACCCAGCCACCAACUCUGAAAUCUUCCAUCAGCCUGGCACAGCAAUCCAUCGAUCAGUCAGGAGGAGUAGAAUUCUCCUUAAAACAAACUCUUUCACAAACAAAUCAAAUACAACCAACUUAUCUCAGUGGCAGACCAGGACAAAUGUCUACUAACUCAGCAACAAAAUCUGUGCAAUCAACAGGAAUUUAUAUGCCAUCUACCCAGAUAAUGCAUCCAACACCACAGCAAUUAUCCGAGAUGUCAAUACCCCAUGCCCAUCCAAUCCAGCAAACUCUGUCACAAAAUGUGUCAAAACCUCAAACAUCUCUUUGUCUUUCACUGAGCCCAAAGCUGACACCCCAUCAGCCUACUCAUCAGUCACCCUCACCACUUUCACAGCACAGGUCACUUGGAGAAAAUGUAUCCUCUUUGCCUUUAGGGCAAGUGGACUGGACUUCCAUGUCCCAGGGAAAAAGCCCAACAGAAAGCCGAGCUCAGUAUGCAGUGGGGACUCAGGCUUUACUUGCCAAGCAAUGGCACCACCAAAAACCUGAUGCAGUCAAGGUAGUGGACCAGAACUCUACACCAGACUCCCAAACCUAUCAGGCUUUGGAUGAAUUUCUCACCAUUUCCAGGCGUAGUAAGUUCACAGAAUUAGCAGUUUCUCCUCGUCCAAUGAGGCUAGACCGAGAGGUCAAAUGGCAGAAGAAAUCAUUACCACCACCAUCACCUCCUUCAUCACGUCUUCAAUCAAACAGUGACAGUAGACAGCCUUUCUGGAUGGAGCUGGCAAAGAGGAAAUCUAUGGCAUGGAGUGAUAAGACUAUGGACUGAAUUAGAUAUGAUAGCAUACUAAAUUUUAAAAUAUCAGGAAAAACUAAGAAGUCAGAAUAUCUGAUUUACCAAGUUUGUGUGUUUGUGUGGGUGGGCGUAAGAAAAAGCAACAGAAAACUCCCACAAACACACAAUUACAUAUUUUUUUCCCUAUAUCCUUGGUUAUGUUGUUCUCAGGUUUAUCACAGUAUUGUUUUAUAAGUAUUAUAAUAUAAUAUAUAAAAUACAUUUUUAUCUAUUUGUGAAUUAUAGUUUUUGCUCGACUAAAUGUGACCAGUUUUAAUUCUAAGUUAAUAUAUGGCAUUACAGAAUUAAAUCCUUAUUAGAAGAGGUAAAAUGAUGGUAAGUUUGUCUUUAAAACUUUAAGGUGUAUGUAUAAAAUAUAACAGGUAUUCUAGACAAGUAUGCACUAUUAAACUUGAUUUUGAAAAGGAUUUUGCAAUGAACUGGAUUAAGUGGUUUGGGAGAAACGAUUAGACUUUCAGGAAAAUUAUGAUGAUUUCUCACAAUAUUGUAUUUCUACAAAGUGAUUUCAGUAAAUCAGUCUGAAUGACUGUUUGGAUUUUAGUAUAAAUGUUAUUCGGGCAAAGACCAGUGUUGAGAUUCAGCACAAUUAUUUAAUAAUGCAUAUAUGAGAAAAGUGUUUUAAGCCGGAAUCUAUUUUCAAUUCACUUUAUUUGUAUAGCACUUUUAAUAAUGGACAUUGUCUCAAAGCAGCUUUUCAGAAGUAUAGAAACAUACAGAUUUUUUUUUUUUUUAUAAAUUUUAAAGUGAAGUAACUCUUUUCUCCCUAUUUUAUCCCAAUCUAGUGAAGGGCUGUUCAUUAUUGAAUUAAUUUUUUGUUAUAGUGCCAGAAAUCGUCACCACACACACCACAUGAUCAAGUCAUUAUAUUUACUACACCGAUCAGGCAUAACAUUAUGAGCACUGAGAGGUGAAGUGAAUAACACUGAUUAUCUCCUUAUCAUGGCACCUGUUAGUGGGUGAGAUAUAUUAGGCAGCAAGUGAACAUUUUAUCCUCAAAGUUGAUGUGUUAGAAGCAGGAAAAAUGGAUCAGAGCAUCUCCAAAACUCCAGCUCUUGUGGGGUGUUCCCAUUCUGCAGUGAUCUGAUCCAACAGACGAGCUACUGUUGAUCAAACUGCUGAAGAAGUUAAUGCUGGUUCUGAUAGAAAGGUGUCAGAAUACACAGUGCAUGAUGGGUCAGGGCUGUUCUGGAAGCAAAAGGGGGACCAACACAAUAGUAGGCAGGUGGUCAUAAUGUUAUGCCUGACCGGUGUAUUGAGUUCUUAUAGUCUACUAGCAUAUCUGACUGGUCACUUUUAUGGAUGGAUUUAAAAAUUCCUCAAUGAGGCCUAUAAAUAAUGUCAACUUGAAUUUAAUGUCGCCUGUCGGUGUAAAGGUCGGGAA